GAGACUGUAUUCAAAAUCCUCUUUUGUCGCCAGCAUCCGCAAAUCCGGCAAAUCCUCGCAGGAAAGAAACACCUUCCACUGUCUGACCCCUCGGUCGCCUCAAGUCCCCGGAGUGUCGCCUCGGGCUGGUACGAGCACCAUGAGGUUCCCGGUGGCUUCGCUCUUUGCGGCAGGUUGGCUCGGCCUAGCCGUUUCUGCUGAAGAACCCACGUGGGAGAGUCUUGAAGAGCGAGGCCGUGAACUCGUCAAGCAACAUGUAUCCGCAGUUUCGGGAUAUACGCACCUUUUUGAGCGCGAGCUGCACAUGGUGAAUGCUGCGACUGCGGUCCUCCCUUUGGGCAGCGUUCUUGAGGUAUGGGGGGGCAAGCGUCUGGUUCGCGGCAGAAACGUUGCUGUGACCGAAGGCGCGGUCCUGUUUGACGUGACGGACAACGAAUCAAAACACGAGUACACAGCCAAGCUUUUUUCAGUGGCGAACAAAAGCGUGGUCAAAGCCUUGUCAGCUGUGUGGAAGUCCUUCAAGGAGAAAAACGUCGAGAACGUGCUGGUCGAGCGCUUCGGGUCGGACGAAAAUGUGCUGAAAAGCGGCUUUCUCGUGCCGGUAGGCGGAGGCAGCAUAGUGAACGUUCCCCCCGUUCUUCAGCCGGCAGGGAAGUGGUCGGAUACUUCUUUCCUUGGUGCGCUGAUUUUGUACCCCCGGGUGGCACAAACUCUGGACGCCCUACUCUGGUCUGGCGCUACGUUGGAAAAGGCUGCGAAAUUCUUCCUCAUUCGCCGACUCAUCAGAAGUGUCGGAGACUUGCAUCGCAGCGAGCUUUGCCACGGCAAUCUCCACCCAACGAACAUUGUGAUUUUAGCCGAGUCGGGGGACAUUGCGCUCACUUCUUUCGGUGACAGCUGCUUCCAGUCUUUGUUUGUGCUUUCCGACGCCAUGGGCGUGGGCGGUGCCAAGCAAGACACAGUGCGCCUUGGCAAUAUUGCUCACGCGAUCUACACUGGGAAAUACCCUUCUGACGACCUGGACAAAUGCAACGACAACCCCGAUUUCCCUAAGGCUGAUGACACGGAUGUGAACGACGUGGUCAUUCGCGCUGCCAUCAUGCGGCUGCUCUGCUGUGGCGAGUGCCCUAUGCAAAAGCCUGCCGACAUGGUGGUCGCGAGUCCGCUUUUCUCCUCGUAAAAUGCACCGAAUCCUAGGCUUGCCUAAAGGGGCGCGCCGGUGUUUUGGGGGAUUUGCGGUAUGAGGCAAAACAAGGCACCCUAAAUGCUUCCGGAGGAGAAGACAAAAAUGCUUUUCUCUGACCCGCUUGAGCUUCCUGGUGAGCACGGUGGAGUUGUCGUGUGCCAAGUCAAUAAUAAUGCGGAGUGGGUUCAACCCUUCGCUGUGUACAGUUGAAUUGCUGCCGAUAAAUGCACGUGGUAAUGAGGUUGAGCUGCACGCGAGCGUCUGCUCAGCCUCC